AUGAGAGCUGGAUUGAGUACGAUCCAGCAAACCCUGACCCCAGAGGCGGCGAGUGUAUUGAACCACUCGAUCGCCGAAGCGGGUCGGCGGAACCACGGCCAAACGACGCCGCUUCACGUGGCGGCGACACUUUUGUUAUCUCCGACGGGGUUUCUCCGGCAAGCAUGUAUUCGUUCACACCCAAACUCAUCACACCCUCUUCAGUGCCGAGCUCUGGAGCUUUGCUUUUCGGUGGCUCUUGAGAGACUACCAACAGCUCAGAAUACGUCACCGGCGACGGAACCGCCGAUUUCUAACGCAUUAAUGGCGGCGUUAAAGCGAGCACAAGCUCAUCAACGGCGGGGAUGUCCUGAACAGCAACAACAGCCUCUUUUAGCUGUGAAAGUUGAGCUUGAACAGCUAAUUAUAUCAAUUCUUGAUGACCCCAGUGUGAGUAGAGUUAUGAGAGAAGCUAGCUUUUCAAGUCCUGCUGUGAAGGCUACAAUUGAGCAAUCUUUGAAUUCAAGCUCCGGGAAUGUUAAUCAAGGAACAUUAGGAAUUGGGUUUAGGCCAAACCCAACACCUAUGCCGAUUCCGAAUCGGAAUUUGUAUUUGAAUCCCCGGUUGCAACAGGUGAAUCCGGCGGCGCAACCGGGGAAUCAAAGGAAUGAGGAAGUGAAAAAGGUUAUUGAUAUUUUGUUGAGAACCAAGAAGAGAAAUCCAGUUCUGGUGGGGGAGGGUGAACCAGAGGCUGUGAUGAAGGAACUGUUGAGGAGGAUUGAGAAAGGGGAAUUGGGAGAAGGGCCACUUAAGAAUGUUCAGGUGAUUUCGAUUGAGAAAGAGCUUGUACUGGAUAAAGCGCAAAUACCCUCGAAAAUUAAGGAGUUGGGAGGGCUAAUUGAGACUAAAAUUGGGAGUUCUAAUGGUGGUAUUGGGAUUAUGGUUGACUUGGGUGAUUUGAAAUGGCUUGUUGAGCAGCCUGUGAGUUUCAGUGUUCCGGCCCCUGGUGGUGGGGUGCAGCAACAGGUGGUUUCUGAGGUGGGGCGGGUGGCGGUUGUGGAGAUGGGAAAGAUUUUGGGGAGGAUUGGAGAGGGGGGUAAUGGUGGGAUUUGGAUUAUUGGAACUGCUACUUGCGAGACUUAUUUGAGGUGCCAGGUUUAUCAUCCUACGAUGCAAGAUGAUUGGGAUUUGCAGGCAGUGUCAAUUGCUUCAAGAUCGCCUCUUCCGGGGAUGUUUCCUAGGCUGGGGACAAAUGGAAUUGUGAGCCCUUUGAUGGGAUCUUUGAACCCAUUGAAGAGAUUUCUGACUGCAUCACCUGCUCUGCCACGACCUGUCUCUGGGAAUUUGGAUCCUGCCCAAAGAGUGAACUGUUGCCCACAAUGUUCAAAUAAUUAUGAACAAGAGCUAGCAGAACUAGUAGCCGAGGAAUUGAAAACAUCUUCUGAAGUAGCAUCAGAAGCAACUAAACCACCCCUACCACAGUGGUUGCAAAAUGCCAAACUCCAUAAUAGCGAUGGUAAAACAGCUGAUCAGUCAAAGAGCAAGGAUCAAGAGUUGAUUUUCAGACAGAAGUCUCAAGAAUUACAGAAGAAAUGGAGCAAUAAAUGUUCGACUCUGCAUCCUAAUUUUCAUCAUAACCUCAGGCCUGAGAGAAUUGCUCCAACAACUCUUUCAAUGGCAGGCUUAAAUAAUCCAAACCUGCUUGUACGUCAACCUUUCCAGCCCGAAUUGCAACCGACUAGACACCUUGGUGGAACCCUGCAGUUGAACUCAAAUCAAGUGGCCAGCCAACCUUCAGAUCAUAUAGGUAGCCUUCCCAGAAGCCCUGUGAGGACAGACCUUAUUCUUGGGACUCCCAAAGUUGCUGAAGCAACCCCGGAGAAAACACAGGAGGGGCACAUUAAAGACUUUUUGGGCUGCAUCUCCUCUGAACCACAAACUAAAGGUCUGAUGGAGAGUAUCAAGUUUGCUAAGGCGUCAGAUGCUGACUCCUUCAAGAAACUCCUCAAGGGUCUAAUGGAGAAAGCUUGGUGGCAGCCAGAAGCAGCUUCCAAUGUGGCUACAGCUGUGACACAGUGCAAAUUGGGCAAUGGAAAACGGCAUGUUGCUGGAUCAAAAGGUGACAUAUGGCUAUUAUUUACAGGUCCUGACAGGGUUGGCAUGAAGAAGAUGGCAUCAGUCCUUUCAGAACAGGUAUGUGGGGAGAGUCCCAUAAUGAUAUGUUUUGGCUCGCGACGUGAUGAGAGGGAAUCAGAUGUGAAUAUCCGUGGUAAAACAGCAUUAGAUCGGAUUGCUGAGGCAGUUAGGAGAAACCCUUUUUCAUUAAUUAUGCUUGAGGACUUCAAUGAAGCAGAUAUGCUUGUCCGUGGGAGCAUCAAACGUGCAAUGGAGAGGGGGCGGCUCGUCGACUCUCAUGGCCGUGAGAUAAGUCUCAGUAACAUUAUAUUCAUACUUACCGGGGAUUGGUCGCCAGUUAAUCUGAAAAGUUCAGGGAAAAGGCAAUUGCUUGUUGAAAAAAAGCUUGCCUCUUUAGCAAGUGACGGUUGGCAGUUAAGGCUAACAAUAGGUGAAAAGAGUGGAAAGCGCCGUGCCAAUUGGGUUCAUGAUGAAGAAGACAGGCUCACCAGGCCUAGGAAAGAAAUGGUUUCCGGCCUGUCGUUUGAUCUUAAUCAAGCAGCUGUUACCGAGGAUUUUAGAACAGGUGGGUCUCAUAGUUCCGGUGAUUUCACCAUUGACCAUGAAGAUGAGCUUGCCUUCGAGAAUAGACCAUUUGCGAUAGCAUCAGUGCUUCAUGAGCUGGCCAGUUCUGUCGAUGGGACAAUUGUCUUCAAGCCUUUGGAGUUUGGCUCCGUUUGCCACGAGAUAAAAAACACAAUUUCGAAGAGUUUCUCGACUGUUUUAGACGGCAGUCUCUCCAUAGAAGUAGAAAAUGAUAGCCUUGAGAAGAUCCUAGGCGGAAUAUGUCAUGGCCAAACCAGUUUAACAGAGUGGGCAGAUAAAGUCUUAGUUCCAAGCUUCCAAAAACUGAAGGCGCGCCUACCCUCCAGCAUUCUUGAUUCAUCUGAUGAAUCUACAGUUGUUCGGCUCGAGCUCGACAUUGAUUCCGACAGCCGGAGCAAUGGAGACUGGUUGCCAAGUAAUAUUUCAUUGGUGGUGGAUGGUGUAUGAGCACGGGGAUACCAUUGGCAUAUCUUAGUUUGUCUUGGAUAUAUAUGGUGUAAAUAGGUUCAAUCCUUUGGCAGGGUAGUUAUACGGUUAGGGAGGGUGGUAAGGAAGAGCUGUUAGAGUGAGACUUGAUAGAUUAACGGUACUCGGCUUUUUUUUUUUUUUUUUUUAAUUAUUUAUUAAUUUCUUGUUGCUUUUUUAUAAACUAGUGACUAGUGAUUUCACUAUAAAUAUUUAUAUUUUAAUUACAAGGGACCAU